AUCGGCUUUGUAGCCAGAGAAAACAAAAGGUUUGUUGUGAGAAACUUUGAGUCCUUUGUGCAAAUAAGACGAAAAAGCCGACCUUGAAGGCAGAUACCAAGAAACCCAGAUCAAGAUCAAGAUCGAGAUCGGAUCAGAUCAGUACAUCACUACAACCAAGUCAAAUACCUCCCCCACCAAGAACAAACCGCCACUAUGCCCAUCGCCAAAGGAUUUAAACUGCCAGCCACCGCCGGCCAGCUCACCAUCCCCGACAGCGGCAAGGUCUUUGUCGUCUUUGUCGCCUCCAACCUUCCGGAGACGGGCCAGUCGUGGUGUCCCGACGUGCGAGCCGCCAUGCCGGUCCUCGAGGCGGAGUUUGCAGGCGAUGACAAGCCCGAAUUGAAGCUCGUUGAGGUCGGACAGGUGCCAGAGUGGAGGAAGCCCGACAACGUCUACAGGACCAAGUGGAGCAUCAACAGCGUCCCCACGCUCGUCCGCUUUGAGCAGGUGGACGGUGACAUCAAGGAGACUGGAAGGCUGGUCGAGGGCGAGUUGUUGGACAGCAAGGCUUUCAAGAAGUUUGUGUCUUGAAUGGGCCCCCGAUGGAAUUUCAACUUUUUACGGACCAGGUUGUGAUACAUUCAUGAAGACAAUCGCCCAGAAAAUGGUAGCUAUGGAGAAAUGGACGGCUUGAUGAGAAAAUAUGAGUGCCUAGGUGAUCUCCUUGUACUGUGCCGCCACCAAAAAAAACAUCAACAGUCUUUUCAUCUGUUUCCAUGCUUCCUUGCCAAGCAUACUUGCUUUUGAGAAGUCUGGUAGGUUGGCAAGAUGUUGGAGAUCCUGACUGCACUUUUGUUCUGGGCAGGUCAACCAACGAUUGAUUAGGGUAGUUCAGUAUGACGAGUGGAAGUAUGUGAUUGGGUAUACUGUGGCCGAAAUCAGACAGGACCAGCAUGAUUGGGUCCAGCAAUUGAUUAAAUAAUGCUUUUAUACCAAUUAAACAUUAUGUUAAAAG